AUGAAGCCAUCCGACACUCUCCUCUGGCUCGCCUCCCUGGCCAACGCCCAGAACUACAACAACUUCAAAACCAAACCCUCCGACCUCAUCAACACCCAAUGCCGCGACAGCGACAAGCUCCCCACGCUCACCUACGGCUCCAAAGACAUCGUCUUCACCAUCUGCACGGAAAAGUACAUCAAAGGCACCGUCCUCGAAGUCCACAACGCCAUCGUCGACUUCGCCUCCUACCCGAAAUGGAAUACCUUUGUCAUCGACGUGGAAGCCCGCUCCGGCUCCAGCCUUACUCCAUCCCCACCACCUGUCGGCACGAAGAUGACUUUCACUACGACUGGCCUCAUCCCGAAGGUGAACACCAAGAGCUUGGAAGAAAUCUCCUACGUCAACCCGGACGUGGACGGCCAUAGCGCGACGAGAGGAACGUACGCCAUGAGCGCGUGGAAGGGGGACAUGACGAAAUUGGCGCCGCUGGAACAUGUCAAUGUGGUGAUGAAUGUCGGGUACGGGUAUACGAGAUAUGUGAGCUAUGAGUCGUAUUAUCCGGGCGUGACCGCGGCGGCGAUUGCGUUGAAGGGGAAACUGCAGAAGCAGUUUGAUCAGCAGGGAGAGGAUUUGAAGAAGUAUGUUGAGGGUGGGUCGAAGUGA